AUGCCUCGCCACUUCGUGCCCUCGCAGACAGCACUCGCCGCCCGCUACCUCAACCUGUUAGGCUCGCGGCCGCCAGAAGAACAACCUUUCGCGACAAUGGGUUCUUGGGUCGAAUCUAUACCUUCCCGCAUUGGCAAAAAUCCAACUCUCGAUCUAGCUAUCGAAUACCUCAUCACCAGUUUUGAUGUAUACCGUGAUCCGACAUUUUCAAGCCAUCGGACCGCGUUAGCCACCAAAGCAAAAGCACUCAGGGAACUACAACUGGCUAUUGGAAACGAGAAGACGAGAAGAUCUUAUGAUACUGCGGUGGCCACGAAGAUACAUUUCAUGGCAGAAGUGUUCAUGGGGAUCAAGAGUCUGUUUCAUGCCAUCCAUGCUGCAGGACUCUCAGAUAUCUUACAAGCUGGGCCGGUUACCGAUCCAGACAAAGAUCACUUUUGGAGCUUUCUCGAGAAUACAUACUUUGAUGACGUUUCUGAGGCAAUGGUUGCCAGCCGGACAUCAGUUUACGAUCAGGAGGUCUACCUUGAAAUGACAAGUCCUGCAGCGAUACCCAUGGAUGCACCGGCCGUCUUUCGCGCGUCUGUUGCACUCAUGCAUGUGUACAUACAAGUGCCUCGCCUGAUUUGCCUCGUUCGCCAUGCAUCCAACUAUCCCGAAGACUCUCGCACGCUUGCCGCAGCUGUUGCUCUGGCUGAGUCUUUGUGGUCACUCCUUCCAAGCGAUGUGAUGGAAGAGGUCAUUCAGGCUGCCGUGACCAUCAUCGACAUCCCACCGUCUCCCGAGAUUGCCGAGAUUGUCCCUAAUUCGUAUCACUUCAACUCGGUAGAGAACUCUACAUUGAUCAGUCGGUUUUGGAAACUCCAAGUCAGUCUCAGCGGCAUUAUACAGACCUUAUACCAGAAUUAUCCAGCAGAAUGUGCCAGCUCCUUUCUUCCAGCUUUACCAUUCGUUGAGAGGACCGACGCUGAAGCUGCGACGGAACUAGCGCGGUGCAUCCAUUACGCACUCACCAUCUGCCCACAUCUUCCUCUCGUUCCCCUACGCAUAUACACAACCUUCCAGAUAUCGCUUGGCACAUGGUACCGCAUUAUCCGGCGAAUUACUGCCAGCAACCGUGCCCUGCCUCCCGACCCAGAUCCAGCAGUCACGGCCUACUUUGACGAGCAGCUGUCCCACGCAAGAAGAAUGGAACAGUUCGUUUCGGACCAAUCAAAUAACGUCCACCGCAUAUGGAACAUUCCGCGCGUGAACAAACGUUUCUUGCGGGCUGCCGCUAUCGAUAUGGCCGGUGGGCCUAUACCCGAUUGGAUGCCAAUACGCAUCAAUUUUGAAAGUGAAGACGGUGCGAUGAUCAUGAAGAUGGAGUAUGAUGUUGCCGGAUGCUUAUACGAAGAGAUCACGGGCUUUGACAACGGCACAGGAGGAUGGGUGCGGAAGACUAGAACGACGUCCCCAUUCCGCCCCGAAACAUCCGAUCAGAAGCCGGGUAAGGGGUUCCCGACUGGAUUUGGAAAUGGCCCUGCUAAGUAUUGGGGCUAUGCGCCCGAGGAAACGUUUGCUGAGGAUAUGUCGAAUGUGUCAACGGGUAGUAUACCGCAAACGUUUGCGGAUUUGUCGAGCGACAGUGAAGACGAGACGUCCACCUAG